UUUGAAUGGUUGUAAUGUGAUAUAUCUGUACAGUGGAUGGUUUCAGUUAAACAAACUCGACGAAACGUCCCGCUAGUUAACUGGUUACAAUGAACCCAUCAGGAAGAAGCUGAUUUCUUUACCCGCAUUGAUUGCAUAUUUUUGCCGAGAAAUCAGUUUGAGUUGACUAGUGAUGGUGAGAUGUCGAGCAAAAUGGGCAAUAUCAUUGUUGUUGUUUGCUUGGAUCAUAACUGUUAGCUAUAUCGCUUAUUGCAGUUAUAACAGUUCUUUAUUAGAUUCCUUUGCAUCAAUCCCCGCUCCUGGGAUUUACACUGGUGCUGUUUUGCGAGAGAAAUUCCGACGGUCUUUUGAAAAAACUAGCGCUAAUUUAAAAGCAGAUCAGCUGAAGAAUGCUAUUAUUUACUCCAAACCGGAAAAAACUUUGAACUGGAAGGAUUUUGACCAUGAAGCUUUUUUGAGGAAAGGUGGUUUGCAGCCAGGUGAAGACAGAUACGCUGCAAAUAAAUUUAAUCAAGCCGCUAGUGAUGCUACAAGAUGGGAUCGCGAUAUUAUCGAUUCCCGGGAAGCAAGUUGCGGUACUGUAGUGUACAACAUAGAAACUCUGCCAUCAACUUCAGUUAUAAUAACUUACCAUAAUGAGGCACGAUCGACAUUACUGCGUACCGUCGUCAGUGUAUUCCUUCGUUCCCCACCGCAGUUACUCCACGAAAUUAUUCUUGUUGAUGAUUUUUCAGAUGAUAUUGCGAUGGGUACAGACUUGCUGCCAAUAGAAAAUGUUAUUGUUAUAAGAAAUACAAAACGUGAAGGUCUGAUAAGGUCGCGUGUGAAAGGAUCAGCAUUGGCGCGUGCCUCAGUGCUCACUUUUUUGGACAGUCAUUGCGAAUGCAAUGUGAAUUGGUUGGAACCAUUGCUCGCACGAGUUAAAGAAAAUCAUCGGACCGUCGUUGCUCCCGUGAUUGAUGUUAUCGACAGAGAUACGUUCAAAUAUGUCGCUGCUAGUGCUGAUUUGAGAGGAGGAUUUGAAUGGAAUCUCGUCUUUAAAUGGGAAUAUUUAACGGGUAAGUUACGAGAUGAGCGACAUGCACGACCUACGGCACCGAUAAGGACGCCAGUAAUAGCUGGCGGUUUAUUUAUGAUCCAGAAAGACUGGUUCGAAAAACUAGGUACAUAUGAUGAAGAAAUGGAUAUUUGGGGUGGCGAAAAUCUUGAAUUAUCAUUUCGAGUGUGGCAGUGCGGCGGUUCACUGGAAAUUAUUCCUUGCAGUCGGGUUGGUCAUGUGUUUCGGAAACAACAUCCGUAUACUUUUCCUGGUGGCAGCGGCAAUGUUUUUCAAAAAAAUACAAGACGAGCCGCCGAAGUAUGGCUAGGUGAUUACAAGCAUCUCUAUUUGAGAAAAGUACCGUCUGCUCGAUAUGUUAAUUUUGGCGACAUCACGGCAAGAUUGGAUCUAAAAAAAAAGUUUGCACUGCAAGGAUUUCGAUUGGUAUUUGAAAGAAAUUUAUCCGGAGUUGACGAUUCCCUCGAAAGAGCAAGGAAGAUAUCUGACAUUCAGACAGGGAAGAGUUUGUAUCGAUUCUUUAGGUAAACAAAUAGCUUUAUCUUCCGUCGGUAUAUACCGUUGUCAUGGUACAGGAGGAAAUCAGGAGUGGGUAUUAAAUGAAAAAAUUGGUACUUUAAGAAGCCCAUAUUCAAACUUAUGCAUAACGGAUGAUGAAAAGGGAACGCUUAUCCUGCAUCAUUGCAAUAUGACUAAGGGAAGAUGGAUUCUGGAUGAGACAAACGGAAGGUUGCUCAAAAAUGACCAGUGUACAGCUUUACUGUUGUCAAGUUCCCGUGAUCGAAAUAAUGUUCUGGUAUUAAUGCCAUGUGAUGUUACGGAUGAACGGCAACGUUGGAUAUUCGAGAGGCCUCCAGCAUUUUGAUUUCAUAUUUGUGCAAUAUGGAUUUUGCAAUAGAGUUUCUUGUGAAAAUUUCCAUUUUAAUGAAUUUAUUCUUCCUAAAUUUUGUUAAAUAUGUUUGGUCUGAAACUUUUCAAACAAGGUGCCAUAGUUUCAUGUUUACUUUAGUUUGAAAUUGGUGUCUGAAGGACCAGUGAAUAACAGUAUUCAUGCGUUGUUUUAAACUUAUCAUUUCCGUUGUUAAUUAGUCCUAAAUUUUAGUUCACACUGCCAGUCCAUCCGAUUUCUAGGCCUUCACCGAUCUGAACCGGUUAAUCUUUGUUGGCAACAUGUUCAGGUGUCUUCCAUUUUGUAUGAAACUUGAAGAAUAUGGUAUAAUUCGCCGCACUUCAGCAUAGAUCAGUCGCUGUCAUCCAUGUGUUAUUUUGAAGUUCUC